AUUCCAAAAAUAAUAUUAAUAUGGACAUCAAGCAAUUGGAGAGACAAGUGAGAGAAAUCACUGAAUUAUAAGAUUCCAUUAAAUAAACUUCAACUUAUUGUUCUACCUUCCCGGAACACAGCGGCAUGGUUGCCUUCAUAAUUGAAAAUGAGUUUGUUAGUGCUCGAAAAGAGAGAAAGAAACUCUAUUUGUUUCUCAUUCAUUAGAUCAUCCUUGACGAAAAACAUGCUAAAAGGAUGGAUCAUCCCUAUGUGAAGUGCUUUGGCUAGAAGUUGAAGAAGUUAAUUAUGGAUUAUGCAUAUUAAGUGGAUGAGAUUGAUGAUCUAGAGAAAGCAUAUGCUGUCAUUAGAAGAUGGGAAAAGGAUUUAAUUUAUCAUCCAAUAUUUCUGGAUAAGUUGAGAAGCAUUCUUUAACCAAAAUAUGAUCAAUUGAAGUAUUAGCAAAUGAUUGUUAAUUAAAUAACUUAAAAUGAAUUAGCAAGCAAUAAAAUUCUAGUUCAAAAUUUAUAAAUUAUUUAAUAAUUUGAUUCAACAUACAAAUUAUAUUUGCAUUUGAAGUCAUUAAGAGACAUUGAUGACAAAUGCUUAGAUUUUAACACAAACUUUGAUAAAUACAUGAUGAAAUAUGAACUCGAAAAAAUUGAAGACUAUGAAAUGAUAGAUGAUCUUUUAGAAUAAGGAGAAGCCUCUAAAACCUAUUUAUCUGAAAAUAUUUGUUCCACUUAAAAUCAUUACUUAGAUCUAGCCAGAUUAGGAGAGCAACUAAUUAAGGAGGACAUUGAAAAAAAAGAUAACAAAAUUGAAUAUUAUAAAUCAAAAAGGCCAAUUUAAUGAUAUGCAGCUAUUAUAUUUUGCAUUAAUACCAUCAACCUUUUA